AUGGCAGAAAAGUUUGACUGCAUCACCCAUGCCCAUGGGUUUGAUCUAGGUGCUCGUUACAUUGAGUUGAAACCUUUGGGAUAUGGUGCCAACGGGUUGGUUUUUGCAGCAAUUGACAGCCAAAGCUACCGUAAGGUUGCAGUGAAGAAGAUCAUUAUUAGUGACUCCAGAAGUAUCAAACAUGCUCUACGAGAGAUCAAAAUCAUCCGUCGAUUGGAUCAUGAUAACAUUGUAAAGGUUUUUGAAGUUCUUGGCCCCAAAGGAAGAGAAAUACCUCGUGAUAUCUGGAGGUUGAGUGUGGUCUACAUAGUCCAAGAACACAUGGACACAGACCUUGCUCGCCUUUUGGAGCAGGGCCCCCUCUCAGAGGAACACGCUAAGCUUUUUAUGUAUCAGCUACUUCGCGGACUCAAGUAUAUUCACUCAGCUAAUAUACUACACAGAGAUCUAAAGCCAGCAAAUAUCUUUAUCAACACUGAAGAUCUUGUGUUGAAAAUUGGUGACUUUGGAUUGGCAAGAAUUGUGGACCCGCAUUAUUCACACAAAGGUCAUCUUUCUGAAGGUUUAGUAACCAAAUGGUAUCGAUCUCCUCGCCUCCUUCUGUCUCCGAACAACUACACCAAAGCUAUUGAUAUGUGGGCUGCAGGUUGUAUAUUUACAGAAAUGCUAACUGGGAAGAUGUUGUUUGCUGGUGCUCAUGAGCUGGAACAGAUGCAGCUCAUUCUGAAAACAAUUCCUGUUCUCCGAGAGGAGGAUAAGCAGGAUCUCCUCCGUGUUAUGCCAGCGUACAUCAACCCAAAAUGGGAGGUAACUAAACCACUGAGCACAAUACUUCCUGAAGGAAAUGCAGAAGCCAUUGAUUUCCUGGAAAAGAUCUUGACAUUUAACUCUAUGGAUCGAUUGACCGCUGAGGAAGGCCUAGCACAUCUCUUUAUGAGCCCUUAUUCCUGCCCGCAGGAUGAACCAGUAUCCCAGCAUCCUUUCAGGAUUGAAGAUGAGAUAGAUGACAUACUGUUGAUGGAAGCAAGUGAGAACCAGAUGUCGAACUGGGAGAGAUAUCAUGACAGCCUCUCUUCUGACUUUGAGCUGCUCCGAGACAAAUACGGUGACAUGGACGAAGCCCAACGUGAUCCUCGUGCUACAUUGAAAGCCGUUGCAGAGGAUGUGCAGGUUGACCCUCGGAAAUAUUCGCAGAGCAGCUCUGAGCGACUCCUGGAGCAGUCCCACUCCUCCAUGGAUCGGAUGUGUGAAGUUGACUAUGGACGGUCUUGUGAUUAUAAAAUCGGGUCACCCUCCUAUCUGGAUCGACUAUUGUGGAGGGACAACAAACCACAUCAUUACUCAGAGCCCAAGCUCAUUCUGGAUUUAUCUCAUAGGAAAAGAACUGCGACCGCCUCCUGUGUGGCCGUCUCACUGGAUGAAGGGAAAUCGGACCUCCUUUUGAAGGUCUCAGACUGUAAGAAUGGGAGUCCUUUCAAAAUUGAUUGCUCUAGCUCACUGCCAAAUAUUCAGGAAAGGAGUCAGCCAUCAUCCCCUCGCACCUUGGCAUCUUCAGAAAUAUCAAAUGGAGGGGGUUCCCAAUUUGAUUUUGAUGUCUUCAUAUCUAGAGCCUUAAAGCUUUGUGGGAAGCAAGAAGAAAUAGCUGAUAGUAAAUUGAAUGAUUUGAAUGGCACCUGCAUGCCAGAACAUACCAAUGAAAUUGUUCAGGCAGAAGUCAAUGAAAAGGAGAGAUGGUAG